AUGUCCACCCAAACACCACAAACCCUCCGAGCAAAUCUCCCCCAAACCCUCCACAUCCUCCGUCUCGAUCCAAUCCAUUGUCCCGCACCAGAUUUCACCUCACUCCCCAUCCCCUACACCUACACCGAACUACCCAUUCCCCGUCCCUCCGAAUCAGACCUAAUAACCUAUCUAAAACCCGCGCACAUACUAAUCACCACCCGAUUUUUCCUCCCCUCAUCUCUUCUCUCCCAACUCCCCAAUCUCAAACAUGUAGCUGUUUUAGCUAUUGGAACUGAUCAUGUCGAUCUGGUAUAUUGUGCCGAGAAUGGGAUUUCGGUCUCGAAUGUUCCGGCGGCGAAUAUUGAGGCUGUUUCCGAACAUGGGUUGACGUUGUAUAUGGCGGACGGGAGGGAGUGGAAGGAGAAGGGGAGUUUGACGGGGUAUUUUUAUGGGGGGUUGAUGGCGGGGUUUAAGGGGGAGGUGGUGGGGAUUGUGGGGGGUGGAAACCGAGUAGCAACCCUUUGCCGUGCCCUCGGAAUGACCAUUCAAUUCUGCGAAAGAAAAGGAGUCCCAGAAAACGAAACCCGUCCAAACUACACCCCCUUCACAACAGUCCUCCAAACCAGCACAGUCAUCUUCCUCUGUCUCCCCCUAACACCUAGCACUCAAAACCUCAUCGCCUCUCCGGAGUUAUCUACAAUGAGACCAGAUAUCCUCCUAAUCAACAUAGCACGAGGAGGAAUAGUCAACGAGGAAGAUUUAAUCGAAGCAUUAAAGCAAGGUAAAAUAGCAGGAGCAGCAACAGAUGUAUAUGUAGAAGAACCAGCUGGAGAAAAUAAUGCAUUGGUGAGAGCGGCGAGAGAGGGGCAUUUGAGGGAUAGUGGGAGAUUGAUUUUGAGUCCCCAUGUGGCGUGGUAUGGGAGGAGUAGUGUGGAGAAAUUGAGGAGGGUGGUCGCGGAGAAUGUUAGGGGGUGGUGUGUGGGGGAGGAGGGGAAUAUUGUGGGUUGA